CACAAUUAAGGGACUCAGCUUAACUGCCCAAAGCUUACAGGGGCCGGAGACAUCUGGAGAACCAGCCAAAACACUGCUGAGCCUGCCAUUGUUGUCUGUUCUAAAACGGAACUGGUCUGCAGGGUAGAAAGAAGGAGCCUGUAAAUGCUGCUAAACACAAUUUCCGUCUUUAGUUUGUGUCCCAAACAGGAUACAGGAGCAUGACUGCUAGUUUGGGACCCACACCACUUGUUUUCUGGCUACGAAUGGACAACUACAUGUUGGUCACAUUUUACCCUAAAACUACCAGGAAGCCUCUGGAUAUCAGUUGAUUUGUUAAUCUGUUGAGAGCAAUUAUGUUGUGGAUUUUUCUACUGCAGCUCAUCAACAACAUUGAGGGUUUAUCUGGAACUGAACAUGAGACUCUGUGCACGUCUAACGCCUGCUUCACCCUAAACAUGGUCAGGGUGAGCUUUACAGAGGCCUAUCAGAACUGUUUCAACUAUGGAGGUUAUCUGAUGACAGUCAGAGACAGAGAAGAGGAGGAUAUGCUGCGCUUGCUUCUCUCACAGGUUCAAAGACAACGUCAAGACAGGGCACUGAAGUUUUGGAUUGGGUUAAAACUAAACAAAGGGAACUGUGUGCUCAGGGACAAGACUCUCCGGGGGUUUAAGUGGUUGUCUGGGGAGGAGGAUUCCCACUACUCCAACUGGAGAGAAGAACCUGUCCCCACCUGCACGGAGGAGAGAUGUGUAAAGGUUCAUUACAACUCACUGGGUCAGAAUCAACUGAAAUGGGCCGCUGAACCUUGCAAAAGACCUGCUUUUUAUGCAUGUAAGUUUUAUUUUAAGGGAAUGUGCAAACCUCUGGCACUCCUGGGGCCUGGACAAAUAACCUACACAGUGCCCUUCUCAGAGAAUCCACAAAGAAGUGAUAUGAAAUUAUUCCCGCUGGGAACAUUUGCUGAUAUUUUAUGCAGCGAUCAGCAGCUUCGCGACGCUUGGUGCACAGACGCGGACGGCAUCUACCGGUGGACAGUCCCUGGUCCGUUUUGCAAAACAGGAAAGCAAAUUUGCGCGAUCAGCAACGGCGGAUGCGAACAUGUGUGCCGUCAGGAUGCAGAUGAAGUUCGAUGUUCUUGCAGGGACGGUUACGACCUGGGUGAGGAUGGUCUCUCUUGCAGGAUAAAAGACUUGUGCGGGGCUGACACCUGUGAGCAUCAGUGCGUAAUGGGAGAGUCAGGAUAUUCCUGCAAGUGUCCACAUGGGUUCACGCUGGAUGAAAACCAGCGCAACUGCUCCGAUAUUGAUGAGUGCCAGUCACAAGCCUGUGAGGAUCACUUGUGCGUAAAUACGCACGGCAGUUACAGGUGUGCGUGUAAAGACGGCUUCAAAAUGGUUCAUGGUAAAUGCAGUGACGUGGAUGAGUGCGCGCAACAGCGAUGUGAUCACAAAUGCAUAAACAAUAUCGGAUCCUUUUCCUGUUACUGCAACGAGGGCUUCGUUUUAUCCGUGGAUGCCCAUUCGUGUGUAGACAUAGACGAAUGCGUCAGUAAUCCCUGUCAUGUCACGUGUAUCAAUACUGAGGGCAGUUUUUCGUGCACGUGCCCGCGGGGCUUCCAUCUGGAGGUUGAUGGAUCGACUUGCGCUCCAGAUGUGACAGAAUCAUCAGCCGCUUCAUCAGAUGAGCCAGCUGACGAGAAGACACAAGAGACCUUCACCGAGUCCUUAACCAGAACCACAGUCGAGCUCCAACACCAGUCCCCUCACACUGACGCACCACUUCUGGACUUGGAGAACGUUACGCGCAGUGGUCAGAGGGAGAGCAACACAUCCCUGUCGACGGGUUUUGACAAGACUAUUAACACCAGGGUGCUGAUCUGCGUCCUCGGUUCAGUCAUUCCUCUGCUCGUGCUGAUCGCAGUGACUUUGGCCAUUGCGAUUUUUCGAUGCAGUCGCUCCAAGAAAGAAGCCAAGAAAAACACGACUACAGACGGCUACUGCUGGGUGUCCUCUGGCCUGGAUCCACGUUUAGAGAAACUUUACGAGUCCAUCUUGACUGAUGACCUAUGAUCUAAUAUGCCAGACACAAGAUCAUUCCACAUGGAUUAUUACGUUCUAUUUAUCUAAUUUAUGUUUUUGCAACAUCUGUAAAGUAGCCCAUAUCAAAUUGUUAUCAAAUGAUAUCAUAUCAAAUCACAGAUGGAAAAAAAAAUGUAUUGUCCAGCAGACGGUGAUUUGUCUUUGACGUGGUUCACAAAUAUGAAGCUUGUUGGGUAAAAGAAAAAAGUAAAGAGGCAAAAGGAGAGGAAGUUGUAUCAGGAUGUGUUGUUAAAUGUUAAGAUGAGACAGCUCCUGCUGUAAUUUGACCUUUCAUAUCUGGUCUUAUUUUCUGCUACUGUCUGUGUACUCCUGUUCAAUAAACCUGUGAUCACCUGCUGGCCCAGGAACAUGUUAUCUUUACUGCAUUAUUCAGAUGAAGGAUACAGUAUGUUCCAUUUUUUAAUAUCAUAAAGCAUAAAAGCAACAACUAUGGACUAUUCAUCCAUCCAUCCAUUAUCUACCACUUGUCUCUUCAGGGAUGCAGGGGGGUUGGAGCCAAUCCCAGCUGACACUGGGCGAGAGGUGGGGUCAACAACAACAGCAACUAUAUCACUGUUAUAUUAUUAUACAACUGGACCAUUAUCAUUGAUGCAUUCACAUGUAAGAGGUACUUUAAUGCUGUAGCUGGUUGAGGCAAAGAGUAGUUUAAUCUAGGCUGUAACAAAGUGUAUGGAAAAUCCUCAUCUGAAAGGUUAUUUUAAAAAGUACAAUAUUUGCAUCUGAGAAGAAGUGAAGAAUGAGUGAAGACUAAAAAAAAGAAUGAAAUAGAAAUACUUAAGUACCUCAGAACCUAAGUAAAUGCACUGGGUUACUCUCCACCACUGCCACAGAGGUUAUUUGAACACAUCCAACUAAACAGAUUUUUACCUGCUGAAAGGAGUUUGCACAUCUGUACGCCACAGUAUCAAACCAAUGUUGUAUAGAAUAAAGCCAUUCUAUAAAAUGACAAUGAAAUAAAUUGUUUGUUCUGAAAUAUUUAA